AUGGCCCUCGGCGAGGCCGAGGGCGGAGUGGCUGCGGGGACUGAAGCAGAGGACAUCACCGAGGUGCUCAAGUCGGAGCGGGCCGGGCGACGCUUGCCGCUCAAGGAGGACGAGAUCACUGCCUCGGCCGAGCUAUUGGCGAAGUACGUGACUGCGGACGAGGUGUGGUCGAGCCUCGGUGAUGAGGACCUCUUCGGGGUGUACGCGGACACGUUUGCCCAGGCCAUCGGCAAGGAGCUGCCGCCCAUUCAGAUGGCUCUAGCCAAAAUGUGGUGGAUGGACGCUCGCCCAGCGCCUCGGGAGAAGGAGGCUGUGGAGGUGUCAUCACCACCGGAGGCGGCGGCGGCGGCCGCCGAAAAAGUCGAGACGAUCGACGCGGGCACGAGCUGCUCGGACCUGAAGACAAAGGGGAUGUCCAAGACCGAGCUUUCCCGGCCAGACAUCGGCUACGGCGACUCGCUCUGCGCGCUCAAGACCUUCCGCGAGCUUGACAAGGCUCCGGCCGCCAAGACCUUCUUCACGCUCUCCAAGGCUAAGGACCGGGAUGCCCUCACGCAGUUCUGGGCGCAGGGGCACCAGCUGCUGGUCGACGGCGGCCGGUCCCACCUCGCGAUGCUCAUGCUGAGGGAGGGUGUAGAGGAUGUAGAGUGUAGAGCACUGUAG